AUGGCAAAAAUUCUAGGCCCCGGGCCUUUCCCCCGCAGGCCCUCGGGGUUCCUGCGGUAUGGCGCGUUGGCCUUCCUUGUCAUCACGGCAUUUUGGAUGUUUCGCCAAAACUCAAGCUCUCUUGUCCGCCCCGAUCCAUCCUUGUUGUUGAAUCGCCCCGUCCUAGAAAGCGGUAACCCGUCGUCCUCGGACACAGGGAAGCAACAGCCAACAGCAGCCGGCACCCAGACGUCGCACACCCAGUCGCCAGAAUCAUCUCCCGACAAGCAAGACACGGCGGAGCGACCUGGCGCUGCCAAAGCCGCCGCUACAACCGUCUCCAAGGGCCACCAUCCCAUCGACAAGCUGAUUUACGAUGCGCAGCACCGGUUUGCCGCCAUCACCGCCGGGGAAUCCAGGACGGUAGAACAAGCCGCCCAGGCCUAUCGCAAGCGUCGCGGCCGUCAUCCUCCUCCGCAUUUUGACAAAUGGUUCGAGUACGCACAGUCACACCACGCCGUCAUGGUCGAGGAAUUCUUCGACCAGAUUUACGACGACCUCGAGCCCUUCUGGGGCGUGGACCCUGCACCCAUGCGUCGCGAGGCCAGCCAGUUUGAAAUGACCAUCAAUGUCCGCAACGGCGUUGCCAGCGCGGCCAGUGACUGGAUGUGGACCAAGAUCUGGCUCAACAUGACCAAGACCAUAGAGCAUUUGCUUCCCGACAUGGAUAUUGCCCUCAACGCAAUGGAUGAGCCUCGCCUGGUCGUGCCUUGGGAGGAGAUCAACGCGCACAUGAAAAACGCCUCCAAGACUCUGAAGCUGCCCAAGUCGAAAAUGGUCAAGAAUGAAUUCAAGCCAUGGCCUGCGCCCAAUACGGAACAUUUGGCUGGAGACAUUCAAAACAAGGACUGGGAAGAUGAUCACGUGUUUUGGAAGAUUGUUCGUCGAGGAUGCCCUCCAAACAGUCCUGCGAGAACGACCAAGCUUCAAACGUCGUUUGAGGAGCCGCCCCAAAUCAGCAACAAAUACGCCGAGGCCCACCUAUACAACGGCUACGUCUCCAACUAUACCAAGUCGGUCCAAGUUUGUCACCAGCCAGAUCUGCAGGGUCUCGAAGGCAUCUUGAUCCACCCCCUGUCCACCAAGUCAACAAAGGCCUUCUUCCCCAUGUUUGGCGGCUCCAAGCUGACCGUCAACAACGAAAUCCUUCUGCCGGCGCCCAUGUACUGGAACGAGGAGGAGCGCUUCGGCGGCGGCGACGACCACGGGAUCCCGUGGGCCCUCAAGAAGAACAAGGUCAUCUGGCGCGGGGUCGCCACCGGCGGCAAGAACUACCCCGACAACUGGCGUGGAUUCCAGCGCCAUCGGUUCGUGGCCAUGAACAACGGGACCAAGGUCGGCCGCGUCGAGUCCGGCGCCGACAGGCCAGAGAACUUUGCCCUGCCCGUGGACGAGUACGGCGUGUCGGCAAAGAAGGAAGGCCGGCUGGGUCCGUGGAUCGACGACUUCGCCGACGUCGCCUUUGUCGACCUCAUGUGCACCCCUGCGCAGGGCAACAGGUGCAACUACACGGACUUUUACUUCCACCCGGAGGAGGGCCUGAAGAUGGCCCAGCAGUACGACAACAAGUACCUGCCGGACAUUGACGGGAACUCCUUCUCCGGCCGCUACCUGGGCUUCCUGCGCUCCACCUCGCUCCCGAUCAAGGCCACCAUCUGGCGGGAGUGGCACGACUCCCGCCUGGUCCCCUGGAAGCACUUUGUGCCCAUGGACAGCCGGUACGGCGACUACUACGGCAUCAUGGAGUAUUUUCUCGGCUACAAGGGCCACAACGCCCACGACGAGGCCGCCGAGAAGAUUGCCGUGGAGGGCAAGGAAUGGGCCGAAAAGGUGCUCCGCAAGGAAGACAUGCUGAUCUACGUCUAUCGCUUGCUGCUCGAGUACGCCCGCGUCCUGGACGACGAGCGACAACACAUGGGCUGGGUCGACGACGUCAUCAAGAACCCGUCGCUGGAAAAGUCGUGGUCGUUGUGGUGGUAG